AUGAUGGACUCAAACAUGGCGGGAGCUACGGCCUUUGAGCCAGAAAUGGCCCAGGUCAAGGUUACAUUCACCACGAGCGAGGAUGGCUUCCAACUGCCCGAGACAAAGAGACAGCUGCUUGUGCCAGCCGACAUAAGACGUCUUGGUCUCUCCCGCAUUCUCAACUCUGAGUCCAUGCUAGCCACCCCAAGAACAAUUCCAUUCGAUUUCCUUAUCAACGGCACAUUUUUGACCUCCACCCUCGAGGACUACCUCCAGCAGAACGGCCUGUCUUUUGAAUCCAAUAUUACACUUCAAUAUGUUCCAAGCAUAAUACCGCCCCAGUACGAGGCCUCUUAUGAGCAUCCCGACUGGGUCAGCGCCGUCGACCUGCUCUCAUCCACGUCCCCUGCGGGACACUGGUCAGGCGAGGCCUUCACGGCGGGCCAAGACAGAAUACUGUCUGGUUCCUAUGACGGUUUGUUGAGGAUAUGGAACGCCUCGGGUGACCUCAUCACCACCUCGCCGGCGGCAAGUCAGGGCGGACACACCGCGGGUAUCAAGGCAGCCAAGUUCCUUUCGUCCACACAGAUCGCCUCAUCGGGGAUCGACCGAACCGUGCGCGUGUGGAAGCAUACAGAGAACGACGCCCAAUCCUCCGGCGAGUUGAAGCCCACCUUAGAGCUGUACGGGCACAAAUCCUCCAUCGACUCGAUCGAGGUGGACGGCGCCUCCAAGCGCAUCCUUACCGCGUCCGCGGACGGCUGCAUCGGCCUGUGGAGCACCUCGAAGGCCUCGGCGCCCACUGCGCCAGCGGAGCUGCUGCCCGGGGCCACAAACGCCGGCAAGAAGAGAAAACUGGCCAACGGGGUGUCCACGCCCCAGCGCGGCCCGCUGCACCUCGCUCCCUUCCACACGGAACCCGCUGCGGCUGCCGUCUUCGACCCGCGAGACAGGACUGUGGCGUACAGCGCGGGCUGGGACCACGACUUGCACACGAUCGACCUGACGACCAUGUCCAAGGUCAGCACGAUACCAUUAUCCGUCUCCCUCCUCUCCCUUUGCGCCCUGCCUAGCCCCUCAGGAGGUCUGCUACUGGCUGCCGGCACAACGUCGCGGAAUGUGCUCUUGGUCGAUCCGCGGGAGUCGCAAGCGCGGACGUCCGUCAUGACGCUCAGAGGCCACGUGAACAUGGUUGUGUCGUUGGCCAAGUGCCCCGACAACAGCCACUCGCUCGUCUCCGGCUCGCACGAUGGCACAUGCAAGAUCUGGGAUUUGAGAAGCGUCCGGCCAUCUGUGAAGGGCGAGGACGGCGUCGCAGGUGGCGGAGUUAGUGAGGCGGUGCAUACCAUCGAGCGGGAGAGCUUGGGCGGCAAGAAGCGGCCGCUGGCUGGCGAGGGGGUCAAGGUGUUCAGCGUGGCUUGGGAUCAGACGUGGGGAAUUGUGAGUGGUAGUGAAGACAAGAUGGUGCAGAUCAACAGGGCAAGGGCGAGAGACUAG